AUGAUAGAAGAAGUUUGUUCAGUUAUUUGGGAAGAACUGUCACCAUUUUACUUAAGAAAUAGAACAUCGAGAGAAUGGAAAAUAAUUGCUGCCGGAUAUCGAUCUAAAUGGGAUUUACCACAUUGCAUCGGAGCGUUAGAUGGGAAGGAGGUAGCAAUAAAAUGUCCACCACAUUCUGGGUCUUUAUUCUUUAAUUAUAAAAAGUUUUUCAGCAUAAAACUUCUCGCUAUUUGCGACGCAGAAUGUCGUUUUACAUGGGUUGAAGCUGGUGAUUGUGGUUCUCAAAGUGACCUAGCGUCUUUUCGAAAUACUGAUUUUUUCGAUGCCUUAAGAAACCAAGAGUUGAAUAUACCUCCAAGCUCAAAACUGCCUCGCUCAAACAUAAGGAUGCCUUACUUUUUUGUAGGUGAUGAAAUAUUCACCUUACAAACUUUUUUAAUGAUUCCAUUCGCUUGUCGUAGACCACUCACUAAUACACAAAAGCAUUAUAAUUACAGAUUAGCAAGGGCUCGUCAUACAAUUGAGGCUGCUUUCGGCAUUCUAACGGCUAUGUGGCAAAUUUUAAAGCAGCCAUUGAAAUAUCAUCUGGAAACUUCAAUUAAAGUUGUAUUGGCAACUGUUUGCCUCCAUAACUUUGUAAUAACGAGGAAGCUACAAAGAGGAGAGAGGAUAGAUAUUCCUGUAUUUAGGCGUAAUGCAGAUGACCGUGCAAUGAAUGAAGAAGAGGAGGAUGAGAACGCAGAACACGAGAGGAUUCCAAGAAAUGCGAUGGAUCAGCUUCAAUUAUUAACGAGAUAUCUUAAUUCUAAUGCUGGUGCAAUGCGUAAUUAA